AACAUCAACAUUUCUGGUAGUCACUUUGGUCAAGAAAGAUUAGAGGUCACUCAAAGCAGUCCUAAACUCAUCAAAGAACUAUCAGGUACAGUAUUUAGAGGACUUUCAGGAGUAUUCAGUCUCAUAAAUGGGCAACUACAAUCGUCAAAUUUUCAGGUUGUUAAUGUGAAUGACAAUGGGGAAAAAGGGGUUGGAUAUUGGACACCCCAAAAUGGACUUGUAAGAAACCUUAGCUCAAAAGACCCAGCAGGCAGAUAUUCUAAUUCUUGUGCCAAACUUGGAACUAUUAUAUGGCCCGGAGACACCACCUCAGUUCCAAGGGGUUGGAGGUUUCCUGGUGAUGGGAGAAUACUGAAAAUUCUAGUCCCAGUGAAUAAAAGUUUUGGAGAAUUUGUACAUGUAUCUGGUUCUGAUUUCAGUGGAUACUGCAUAGAAGUCUUUGAAGCUGUAUUAAACUCAUUAGCAUAUGGUGUCCCUUAUGCAUUUUAUCCAUUUGCAAAUUCUGAUGGUGAGAGUGCUGGUACUUACGAUGAUUUGGUUUAUCAAGUGUUUCUUAGGAACUAUGAUGCUGCAGUAGGUGAUAUAACCAUUAGAGCAAGUUUUGUAACUGAACUUGGAGAUAAAGCACAGGUUCCAAUAAUCUCAUUUUCAGCUACAAGCUCUUCCCUUCAGAGUUCAUAUUUUCUCCGAAUUGCACAAAACGACACAUCUCAAGUCAAAGCCAUAAGCGACCUCAUCCAAGCUUUUAGUUGGAGUGAAGCAGUGCCCAUCAGCGUUGACAACGAGUUUGGGAAGGGAAUGAUACCAUAUCUGACUACUGCUUUGCAAGCCAUUGGUGCACGCAUCCCCUACUGGGUUGUCAUUCCUUCACUGGCCACUGCUGACCAAAUAGAUGAAGAGCUUGAGAAGUUGAUGAAAAUGCAAACUAGGGUCUUCAUAGUGCAUAUGUUGCCUUCACUUGGCUCUCGACUUUUUGCAAGGGCAAAAAAGUUGGGAAUGAUGGAUGAAAGCUUUGCAUGGAUAAUUACAAAUGGGAUGACUAACUAUUUCAGUUCCGUAAAUUCAUCUUUCAUAGAUGACAUGAAUGGGGUGUUGGGUUUAAAGGCUUAUAUUCCCAAAACGAAAGAGCUCGGAAACUUUAGGGGUAGAUGGCAAGGGAACUUCCAACAAGACAAUUCAACUCUCCCGAGUGUCAACUUGGAUGUUUUUGGAUUCUGGGCCUAUGAUGCUGCAUGGGCACUAGCCAUGGCAGUUGAAAAUGUUGACACUGCAAGCUUCAAGUUCCAAAACAUGAACAUUUCUGGCAGUUCCACUGGUUUAGAAAGAUUGGAGAUCUCUCUAAGUGGCCCUGAACUUGUCCGAGAAUUAUCAAGUACAAGGUUCAUAGGAAUUUCUGGAGAUUUCAGUCUUCUUGAUGGGCAACUGCAGUCAUCAACUUUUGAGGUGGUUAAUGUGAACAAUAAUGGGGAAAGAGGAAUUGGAUAUUGGACACCCCGAAAUGGAUUUGUAAGAAACUUAAAUUCAGAAAACGCAAGCACAUAUUCUACUUCCAAUGCCAGUCUUGGUCCUAUUAUAUGGCCGGGGGAGACCACCUCGGCUCCAAAAGGUUGGCAGAUUCCUACUGGGGCAAAACUGAAGGUUCUAAUCCCGGUCAAGACAGGUUUUACAGAAUUUGUAAAUAUAAGUACAGAUCCAAACACUCACACAACUGAUAUCACUGGAUACGGCAUAGAAGUCUUUAAUGCUGUAAUAAAAUCAUUACCAUUCCCUGUUCCUUACGAGUUUCAUCCCUUUGCAAAGCCUAAUGGUGAGAGCGCCGGUAGUUACAAUGAUUUACUUGAUCAAGUGUUUCUUGGGAAUUAUGAUGCUGCAGUUGGAGACAUAACCAUCAGAGCAAAUAGAUCUUUAUAUGUUGACUUUACAUUACCAUACACAGAAUCUGGGAUAUCAAUGAUAGUGCCUAUCAAAGAUCAUAAAGUUGCUAAAACCACAUGGGUGUUCUUGAAGCCUUUCACUUUGGAACUUUGGGUAACAAGCGGUUGUUUUUUCAUAUUCAUUGGUUUUGUAGUCUGGGUUCUCGAACAUCGGAUAAACGAAGACUUUCGGGGGCCUCCACGUCACCAAAUAGGCACAAGCUUGUGGUACUCAUUCUCAACCAUGGUCUUUGCACACCGGGAGCGAGUAAUGAGCAACUUGGCUAGGUUUGUCGUGAUCACAUGGUGCUUUGUUGUUCUCAUACUGACUCAAAGUUACACUGCCAGUUUCAGUUCAAUUUUGACAGUUCAACAGCUCCAAAAGAACAGUACCGAUGUAAACCAGCUCCUGAAGAAUGGGGAAAACGUGGGUUACCAAUUGGGUUCUUUUGUUCUGGGGACCUUGCAGCAUCUUGGUUUUCGGGAUGACAAACUGAGGGUGUAUAAUACUGUGGAAGAAUUGAAUAAACUUCUUCAAAUGGGAAGUGAAAAUAAUGGUAUUUCAGCUGCUUUUGAUGAAACCCCCUACAUGAAACUGUUUCUUGCAACUUAUUGCUCAAAAUAUACCAUGGUUGAGCCAACAUUUAAAGCUGAUGGCUUUGCCUUUGCCUUCCAAAAAGGUUCACUCCUCACACGUUAUGUUUCAAGGGAAAUCGAGGGAACUGAUCUGACGAAAAUUGAGGAAAAAUGGCUCGUUAAAACUACAAGUUGUUCAGACUCCAAUGCAGGGGACUCUUCCAACAAUACUCUAACAGUUGAUAGCUUUUGGGGGCUCUUUAUCAUUGCUGGGGUUGCUUCAUCAUUAGCUCUCCUCAUAUUUGCAGCCAUGUUCUUUUAUGAGCACAGGCACACCUUGCUGAACCUUGAUCCGGAAACCACAUUUUGGGGAAGAAUUCGUGCGAUAUUGAGGAUAUAUGACCAAAGAGACCCCACUUCGCACACUUACAACAGGAGAGGACUGCAAGAUCCUGUUCAUGGUCUAAGUGCAGUUGAAUCCUUACCAGACACUAAUUCUUCCGCAAGGGCAUCAAGUGCGCACCGCAUUGACUCACACAUUGAUCUUGAACAGCAUGUCCGGACUGAGCAUGCUGACUUGAAUCCCAACACUCAAGCAACCCAAGAGAUUGAAGAUGCAAUUGACUUGACCUCCUCCAGUGAACAGAGGCCAGUGCCUCGUUAG